AUGGAGAGCGACAAUGAGCGGUCUCGCCCGUCGAGCAAAGAGAUCGAUGCAGAAUCUCCGCUCCUUCAUGGAGAGGCUCGAGUUUUUUGCUCAAUGCACAUCCAUGUGUUGCUGGUGUCUGUUCUGAUUCUACACCUGCAAGCAAUCCGGGAUGACCACUUUGCAUACCUGGAUGCCGCUUGUCUGAACGUAGAUGCAGACAAUGCAGCAGCCACGAGCACGUGUCCGGAAGCGAAGAUCGUGUCCAACACGUUUGAGCUGAACUACAGCUAUGCACGGGACCUCGACUUCAUGGAUGACUGGGCCCUGAAAGCAUACCCCAGCUGCGUGGGCCCUGCCACGUGCUCUGCCACAGUCUCCCCUGUCAUCAACAGCACUGACCCCUUUGUUGGCUCGAAGGCGCUGAUCACGGCAUGGUCCGACUGUCAGCUGGCCAAAGGCUCACAGCUCUUCCUCUGCGGGAGGCAUGCCACGAGCUGCGCAGCAGCGGUCACGAUACCUACCGGCUUCUCGCGUCUCCGGCAUCUUCUCAGCUACUCAAUCUCGGCUCGAAGGAUGCAGCGCCUGGAUGCCAUGCACAGCAUCUUCCAAGAUUUCGUGCUUGAGGGCCUGAUGCUACUGAAUGCCAUGGCGACGAUUGGUGCUGUCUUCUGGCUGGUGCGAGAGCUCUACAUGCUCUUUGCGAUGCCCGCCUUUGACCUUCGUGCUAUUGAUGUGGAUGAGCAUCUUGUUAUCCCCGAAGCAAUCGACAUCAUGCUUGAGGGCAUGCUGGAUGCGAUCUGUUUCGUUUUGGGCUGUAUGCUCCUCUUGCUAGCUGCUUCGACAUUCCUGAAGAAGUUCGGGAGCAACGACAAUCCGACGGAUGCCAUCAUCCUGACUUAUCCGCUGAUUUUUGGACCAGCUGCUUUGCUGCGCAUCUUCUUGUGUAUCAGCCGAAGGCUGCUGUACCAUACCUUAUUCAAGCAUGGCGUGAUCAUCGACUUCAGCACAGGCGUGUCUCAGCACGACUUCCUCCUCACGUGGUCCUACCUGGGCUUUGCUGUUGCGGUGGGAAUUUUGGGGUUGGACGCCUACCGGCACGUGCAUGAGGGGAAUGUCACGGCCAAGGCUAUGACGAUCAACGCGAUUGUGUUCACCUCGCCACUGUACUACAUGGUAUCCUCGUUGCUGAACUCCCUUCGGCUGGAGCAAGAAGCCAUCCAGCGCAUGUGCUUGCAAAAGCUGGGGACAGGCCACGGCUCCGAAGAGGUAUCCCCAUCUGCCACGCACAAGCUCUGCCCCAUAUCUGAGGGCGGUAUAUGCAGUGCAGCGCGCGCGAGGACAGACCUGCACGUGAGUAUCAAGGUGGCGAAACAAGAUGCUAGCAGCAACGAACGUUUUGGGCUGCGGGACAUGUUUUGGGUACCACGGCUUGUGUCGGGUACUGGCCGAUCCACUUGCGGAGCACUGCUAUUGGUGAUGUCCAUGCCAACCAUGGCAAUCCUGACCAUGCUCUUGGCGUUAGUUAGUAUGGCAUGGUUCAUCAAGCACCGCACCGAUGUGCCAGAGAUCACAUCAAUCGUGGCCGAUGUGCCUGGACUGCAUCCGAACUUCACGCCCGAGGUACAAGACUAUUCGCUGUUUAUUCUGGAUACCUACACUGGCUUCACGCUGACGUCCAAGGCUGAUCCAGAGCGAACAACUUUUCUAAAGAACAGAGUUUUCGAUGGAUCCUCAGAGAUCGAUGACGCGUCUGGUGAAUCAAGUUCUGGUGUGCUGAUUCAUACGGUGCCAUUACGCCGCGUGAAUGCCUCUUAUCCCACAAUCAUUCACCUUACUGCUGGCACCUUCAGCCAGGCCCAGCCGUGGGAGUAUGAGCGAAUGGUGCAGACGUACACGAUUACAGUGGUCCACGUCAUGCCCCACUUCAGAACAUUGAUGCUCACAGGAAUUCUGGACAAUGGUGAGGAGUUUGAAGAAUGCAAUUCGGGCAAAAACGUCGAGAGAAGUGCGCUUGCGAUUCCGGACAAUCUGGUCUCACUGCGCGUGGAGGCAGCUUUCGACCAGUUCUACUUUGGCAUACCAUAUCGCAAUGUACGAAGUGGCAGAGUUACGACCGUGUUCAAGACCUGGAACGAAGACACAAAGGUUGGUAAGUGGCGCUGUGAGGGCUGGUGUCAACGGGAGCUGUAUUGCUUGGGCUUCCAGGAGAGCCGUGAGGGUUGUUUCUUCGCGAUGGCUUCCGCAGCAGCACUUCGCUGCGAUGCGGUUCUCGACACGCAGAGUCGUAGCCGGCCCUAUCGUGAGAUUCUCAACUUGACUGCACAGAUCUGCAGCGCCAAUAGCCCGACCUGCCUCCCAGAGAUCAACACGGAGUCCGGCGUUGUACGUGCAGACAUCUCAGCGCUCAUUCUUCACGACGGUGUGGUGGAGCAGAUCCCAGCCGUAAUGUUCAAGGCAACCUUGAUUUCGGCAUCGACUUUGCACAACUUUCUCCAGCAGAAGGUCUCCUUCCAGCUUGGCACUCCAAGUGUUCGUCUCCUGAUCAGAAGUGCUGACGCUGUCAAGUUCAAGUAUGAAACCCUCGCUGCAGAAAGGAUGCCGUGGGUCGAAAACCACAACAUGGGCCCUGCACAGAAGAUUGCAGUGUCCCUGAGCUACAACGCACUCGAUAUGACAAGCCCGAACGUCACGGUGUUUGUUGCAGCACUCUUCGAUGACGAGGAUUUCUAUUUGGAGUGGGCGUCUGAUCAGCCCGAAGUGCUCGACCCGUACAAGAUCUGGGUCAUCUUUCCAGAAUGUGAGAGUGAAGAGAUGGCCUUGUACGAUGCCUGCGGGGGCUCUUGGAACACGAGUCUGGGCCAAGCUUCAGUCAACAAGUGGUCGCCCGACCUCACCAUGCGUGGUCAGAUUCGAUCGAAAGUCUCCGACAAGAUCUUCAGGCCGCGCGAGCUGCAUGUUUUCUUGAGCUUCGGGGGUCAGAUCCAGCCGCUGCAGCAUCUUGUACGUGAGAGCUGCAACGUGCCCAUCUGCCGUGGAAACUUCGACAAGUGCUUCGCUACCUCAUGCAAGUCGGACCAGUGCAAGGAGGCUUGUCUGCAGGAGGCCUACAACUUCUGUUCAGAUGAAAAACACAGAGGACGCACUCUUGGGAUGCUGAUUCCACGCGAACACAGCACGUCAGCCCGGCUUUGGAUGGCCCAGAAGAGGUUCCGCACGUGGCUCCAAGUGAGGAUUUUUCCAGAAUUCGAGAAGCUGUUCACGAUUGAGGUGAUUCUGGAUAUCGCGACGGGCUGUGCAUAUGGAACUGGCCUCUUCAGCAUCGUGAGGCCUUGGUUUCUUACUCGCAUGGGCACUCCGAUGGGCUUCAAAAUUUUGGAAGCUUUGAUGAGCAAUGAUGAUGAAGAUCUGGAGCUGGAUCUGCCAUUCGAGCAGAAUCCUGUUAUGACAGCAAUGUUUGACAAUUCCAAGGAGGAUUUUCUCACAAUGCUGCCGCUACCCGUGGUGGCCAUGUACAAGCCAAAGUUGAGAGCUUUGACCCUGCCGGUAUGCUUGUCCACAGAUCCUAAAUCUGCCUUUAUCAAUUCUGACAUUCUUGCCUAUUUUGUCGACAAGAUCCUCGUAGAGACAUCAGACUACUUUGAAUCCCAUAUGGCACAGAAUUCCAUCAAAGACCUCGCAGAGUGUGCCCGGAGGAAAGGUCGAGCUUUCAAGCCAUUGGACUGUCGCAGCUCUGCCUCAUUCCAUGAGUUGCCAGACGGCUCCAGACCAUCUCUCUACGAGUUGGCUCCCUCUGAAGGCGUGCUCAAAAGCAUGAUCACUGUGUGCAAUGUGUCUGGAGUACUUGAGCACGGCCAGACUCUCUUGCACCUGGCCUCGGCGAAGAGCUAUGCUGCAGCACUGCGACAGGUCUUGGAAAAGCGGGGCAACAGCAGGCCUGACAUCAAUGCGGAGUCCACGAUGGUUCGCCCGGCGAGUGCUCUCAUGGUACUUGUCACAAAAAUGACCGCGCUGCACACGGCAAGUGAGACGGGCUGUCUCGAUUGUGCCAAACUGCUCCUGAGCCAUGGUGCCAACAAGGAGGCUCGUAUGUCCCUUAAGGGAUUCCCGAAAAUGUUCGAUACUGAGUUUGACCUGUGGAUGUACAAGGCCAUGAAUGAUGUCCAGAAGAAGGGAGAGACUCGAACGUACCCUUCUCUUGUGCAAGUGCGCCCAAUCCACUUGGCAGCUAAACACGGGUGCUGCGACUGCAUAGAGCUGCUUAUCAUGCAUCAUGCCGAUGUCGACGAUGCGAUGGUUCUUGCCUACGAGCACAACUAUUACAACAAGAGCAAUGAAGACCGCAGUCACGUGGCCACAGCAAGCUUCAUGGGAGCAGAUGCGUGCUUUAUCCGUCCCUUAGAUCUUGCCUUGGCCUACAGCGCCAACACAGACGAGGGCAAGGUCUGUGUGAAGAACUUGUUGCUUGCCGGAGCAGCCACAGACCACAUCGUAGUUGACGCGCAAGGCGAGCUCUUGGAAGAUGCAGGAUUUCUGAAGAGGUUGGAAGUCGUCAAUGCCACGGCCAAUGCGACACCUCAAGUUACCAAGUGCAAGCACUGGACACUCAACAUCAAGACCAAGGGCACUUCUCCAGGCCUCCUGAUACAGGAGAUGUGA